AUGAUCCGGGUGCCUCUCGCGGCACCGCCGCAGCCCCUGAGGCGUGGGUGCUACGCGUGGCAGCCGGAGGGCUGCCCGCUCCAGGGCGAGAACAGCGUGCCGGUGGACUGGAAGCUGGACGCCUUGGAGGCCAUCGACACUCAGGCGGCGUGCUUCAUGCGCAAGCAGCACUUCGACACUUUCUGCGGCACCAGGAGCACCAAGAUGGUCUUCGUCCCCGAGGACAGGGCCGCAGAGACUGGCGCGCCCGAGAAGGCCUCGGCCGAGGAGCGCGACGUGGACACCUACGUGGUGUCUGGGCCGGACGACUCGAACACUUCGACGGUGCUUGGGCCCGCCGGCCAGGAGGGCUCGGCCGAGAGAGCUGCCGGAGGGCUCGUGGGCAGGAUCGUAGAGCCCGCCGCGCUGCACGAGGGUCUGCCGGAGUGGUGGUCGCUCAUCGUCGCCGGCGCUCCUCAGGAAAGCUUCAGCCUGGUCUCGCGCCCGCCCGAGAGCCCCGGGUGCUACUUCUACGUCCCCGCGGGCUGCCAGGGCCAGGACGACGACCCCUCGCCACCUGGUUGGAAGCUCGACGUCCUCGGUAAGAGGCUCUUCCGGAAGGACCUGGACAAGAAGGACACGGCCUGUGCCCUGCGAAAGGUGUUCUACGACCGCUGGUGCCAUGCCAAUGAUACGAUGAUGGCGCGGGUGCCCGCGCUGGCGGCCGAGGAGGAAUCCACCCCUGCCGCGCCAGACAAGGCCGUGGCCGUGGAGCUUGCCAAACCCGUGGCCUUCGCCGCGUCCCGGAAGCGCAGGCCCAUCCUCAAUCUGCAGGCGCAGGCGCUCGAGGAGGAGUGA